AUGCUUACAGGAACAGAUAACUACACUUUGUGGAGCAAAGCAAUGCAGUUGGCUUUGCUUGGGAAGAACAAAGUAGGAUUCAUUGAUGGAACAGUGAAACGAGAUCAGUAUUCAGGGAGUUUGGCUCAACUGUGGGAUCGAUGUAAUGCCAAUAUUGUUUCAUGGAUUCUGUGCAAUGUGAGUAAAGAUCUACACAGUGGUGUUCUUUUCUGUUUAGAUACACAUUUGAUUUGGGAAGAUCUAAAGGAAAGAUUCAACAAGAUCAACAGUUCUCGUGUGUUUCAGCUACAUAAGGAGAUCUUCACACUCGUUCAAGGUGUGUCUUCUAUCUCAGUAUACUACUCAAGACUCAAAGAUCUUUGGGAUGAAUAUGAUAGCAUCAUGCCACCACUAGCUUGUAAUUGUCCUAAGUCUAAAGAGUUUUUUGAGCACCUACAAUAUCAGAGAAUGUUGCAAUUUCUCAUGGGACUUAAUGAUGGUUAUGCUCAGGCUCGUAGUCAAAUUCUGUUGAUACAUCAACUUCCUAGCAUUAAUCAAUUUUAUGCCAUGAUAAGCCAAGAUGAAAGUCAGAAACUAGCAGCAAAUUUAAGUCGGUCAAUGCCAGAAAGUUUAAAUCCUACAGCAAUGUAUACAUCAAGAUCUAAUUCUAGGAAUAAGAAGCCAUAUAAUCCUAAUGCCUUUUGUGAUUAUUGUCACAUGAAGGGACAUAUGAGAAGUGAUUGUAACAAACUAUUGAAGUGUGAUCAUUGUCACAAAACUGGGCAUGUAAAGCUGGAUUGUUUCAAACUUAUUGGAUAUCCUUUAGAGUUCAAAGGAAAGAGAGACACAGUUGUUGCAGGGAACUCAAUCUAUGAGGAAUCAUUCAUCCAUCAGCAUGCUCCACAACCUGCUCAAAAGGAGUUUCAUCCAGCUGUAGAAUCUGGGAUGAUGCCAUUGCCAAUGUUUACACCACAACAACAUUAG